AACUAAUAUUCGAUCACUAAAACUUCCGCGGUUAGACUUACCUCUGCACUCGCAAAACGCUUACUUGCUCAGUUGAGCUCGUUUUGCGCCCACUACUCACCUACUAGGCUCCAUUUGAGAUUCGCUCUUUCGUCAAAUCCAGUCGCCCAGGUCCCUACGUUAACCGCGUGCAUGGCCCAGCACGAUAACCGCUCUACUACUUCUCGACAGGUUUCCUCGUCCUCUUCGUUCCGCCGCGAAGCCGCUCGAACCUUCCAAGCCAUCGACCUCGACAGGGACGGCAAAAUCUCCGCGCACGAGCUCGCGACGGUCCUAAAACGGCUAAAUUACGGGAGUUCUAAACCCUUAAUUACGUGCACUAAUGCGGGAGGGUGUGAUGAGAGUUCGCGCGUGGCAGAAGAAGAUUUGAUUCGCUUCGCGGAGGAUGUGAUUCACGAAGCUGACGUGGACGGCGACGGGGUGAUCGAUUUCGAGGAGUUUCUGCUCUCCGCUCGCGCGGGGCCCUCGCUCAUGGGCGAGUUCUUCGUCUCCGUUCCAUCGUCCAAUGAGGAUGGGGAUGAAUCGGACGGUGGGAGUGAUUCGGACGAGGACGAGAUGGAAGGGGACUUGUUUCGCGCGUUUGAGGUCUUUGAUCUUGACGGGAACGGCGUGAUUUGCGCUGAAGAGCUGCGGUUCGUUGUUGGCGUACUUAGUGGGGAUGAGUUGACGAAGGAAGACUGUGAGCGGAUGAUAAAGCGAGUGGACAAUAACGGGGAUGGUCGCGUGGAUUAUACCGAGUUCAAAAUCAUGAUGGCUGGAGUAUUUGCUUGACCAUUAGAGUUGAGCUUGGAAGGACUUAUGGCAAUAAGUUAUUAUUGUACAAUUUCCUUAUGAAUCACUGUACAC